AUUUAGUAUAAGAUUACUAAAUAAAGAAGCUAAGAAAAAUGAAUAAAUAAGACAAACCAGAAUCAAGGGCUUAACGUAACAUUCGAUUAGUAAUGGCGAAUAUAAAAGAAGAUUUAAAAUAAAAAGGUAAUCUAAGAUUUAAUAAUAUUUUUAGUUGUCAAAUAUUUUGGACAUUAAAAAGAAGAAUAAGAAUUAGCUAAACCGAGAUAUGUUCAUUCUUAAUUUCCUAAAUAAUAGCUUUUUAGUUAAGAAGCAGAAUCAAAUUUGAUUGACUUUUGUCUAGAUAAUUAAGAUUUAAAAGUCAGCAAAGUAGGAAUACUUGUAGAACCUAUGAUUACUACCGAAGAAAUUCCUUAAAAACCUUCUAUAAGAAAGAUGAAGGUUUCUAAAUAACCAGUUUUUUUUACAGAAGUCACUACUACCCAUUUUCAAUCUCUCGAAAGACCAAAGGAAUUACCUGCUUCAAUAAAAAGAAGCACUAAAUAAUAAAUGAUGAAUAAAGAGAUUUUACGUAGACUGGGAUUAUUAAGUAUUUAAGCAAAAAGAGAACUUGAAAUAGAGAAACUGUGUAAUAGAGCCUUGAAAGUAGCAAGAAUAAAAGACUCACCUUCGUUGAAUAAAAGAUAACUCCAAGUUAUUCAAAAAUAAAUGAGAGAUGCUGAAAAAUAAUCUUAAGAAUUAGAAAUUUAAAGAUGCACAACUUCUGCUUCAGCUGCAUCUCGAAAAGCUUUUGAUUAUUAAGAUGAUUAUCUUUUAGAAUGUCUUUCAGAAAGACCUUAACUUGUUUACAGUGUCUAAUCUUUUCGAAAUAGACCUUAAACUUAAUAAACAAAAUCUAGAAUUCAUAAUUUCUUUAAAACUGUUACUUUGGCUCAUUUAGAUAAUAAAGAUGAGAUUAAAAAAGAUGAUUUUAGUAUGCAAUAGUAAAUGCAAUCUAUAAAGGAGAGUUUGCAAUUAUGCAAGAAGAAGCUUUUAGAUUAUAAUGAUGAAAUUGAGAUUGCUUUAACAGAAGAUAUUAAAGGGCAAGUGAUAGAAUAUAAAAACAUUAUUAAAAAUAAUAAUAUAAAAUGA